AUGGGGAGCACCAUAGGAGAAACAGUAGAGCUAGAAGAAACUCUGUUUCAUCUAUCUAUAGAGAGUCCACAUAAAGCACAAUUAAAAAGAUCAAAAUCACAUCAAUCAUUCAAGACUAAAAAUGUUGCAGAACCAGAUACAUCUUCACUUUUGUUUCCUUACACCCAAUUGGAGAAGGAUCGAUUAACCAAGGAAUAUUUGGAAUCUUAUGAUUACAACAUCUUAUUGGAACCUGAAUUAGAGAAGCAAAUAAUCAACAAUAAAUUUUCCAAGUACCAGACAUUCAUUGAAACUUGUGAAUUUAGACAAAACAAUUAUAAUAAUUUGAUCGCAAAAUCUUUAGAUAUUGUAAAGAUUCUUGGUGAAUUGACUGUUAAAUAUGAUACUGUGACUAAAGAAACUUAUGAAUUUCAAGAACAAUCAGAUAAGCUAAUUAACGAAUAUAAUGGAUAUAUGAAUUUGAAUGAGGAAUUGAAGCAAGAUCUAAGUCAUUUUGAAUUACUUGAAAGUUUCACAAGAAAAUUAAACAAUCCAAGUCCAAAUAUUGUAAGAAAAUCAUCAUUCAAGAAAUUAUUGACCCAAUUAGAUGAGUGUCUCGUGUUUAUUGACCAACAUAAAGACUUUAAAGAUUUUGAAGUUUAUAAUUUGAGAUUCAAACAAUGUUUGGUGAGAGCUUUGACUUUGAUCAGAAAUUAUGUCAUAAACAAUUUGAAAAAUAUAAGAGAUGAAAUAACAGGGAAAGUAGCAGCUACAAAAGUCAAUUCGGUUACACAAGAUGCUUUAUUAUAUACGAGAUUUGGAUCAGAUCUUGAAUUUUUAUUUGAUGUCAGUUCAGACUUGGUUAAUAGAGCAGAAGAUAGUAAAGAAUUAGAAGGUUUGCUAUCAGAUUGUUUUAAUUUUUACUUUGGAAUAAGAACAAGACUUGUCAAUCCAAAAAUAUGGGAACAUUUAAACCAUUCAACCACUGUUGAUUCUAAGAAAUCACUAGUGCAAUUUGCCCAAAGUAACAUUUCAUUCUUUACCAAAGUGUUUCGUGAUGAAUUUGAAUUAUUCCACAAGAUUUUCCCAAAAGAUUCCAACAAUGCUCUUCUUCACUGGUUUCAAAAUUUAUCAGAACCUUUAAAUGAUACUCUAAGAAAUAGUAUUUUGAAGGAAAGCUCAAUAAGUUCUCUUUGUGAGUUAGUAACUUUACUGGAUAAAUACUAUGAGUAUGAUGAUGAAGAAGAGGAAUUUGAACUUACUGCUCAAGAUGAAGAAGACUCAAUCAAACCUGAAUUCGAAAAGAUUGAUUUAGGUGCCAUUUUCCAUCCAAUUUUACAAGAUGUUCAAUCAAGAUUAGUCUUUAGAGCACAAGUUUAUGUCGAAGAAACUAUCGUCAAGUAUAAACCUUCAGUUAGAGACUUUCAAAUUGGUAAUAGAAGAAAAUCUGAAGCUACUACUGAGGAAAACAAAGAUGAUCCAGACUCUUCUUUUGCACUUUCUUCAAAUAAACAAGACUUACAAGAUUCUUAUAAACCUUUGAGCAAAGGUAUUUCAUUGUUAUCCAAGAUAUACCAGUUAGUCAGCUCUUCAGUUUUUGAUGAUAUGGCACAUAACAUUGUUCACGAUUGUAUUAUAUCAUUAAGAAAUGCUUACAAACUCGCCAAACCAACAAUUGGAAAAUUGGACUCUGAGUUGUUUUUCUUGAAAAAUUUAUUGCUACUAAGAGCUCAAAUUCAAAACUUUGAUAUUGAAUAUGUUAGUAAUGAAACAUUUUUAGAUUUCUCAGGAGUUGGUGAAAUUAUCAAUAAAAUUAGAAAUGGAACAAGUGUUUUCAAUACGAAUGGUGGGGGUUUAGUAGAGCUUGUGAGAGACUCUGUCCCAAAAGUUGUUAAUAAUAUGAUUGAUGCUAGAUUAGAAUUACAAUCAGAGUUGAGAAAUGUUGUUCAUGAAUUCACAGAAGAUGCUGUUCAACAAAUUAUAAAUCCAAUCACUAAAUUAUCACCUGAAACUGCAGAGAAAGAUUCUCUAGCAUUGAAAGAUAAUAUAGAAUCAUCAUUACCAAGACUUAAAGGAGAAAUCGAGUUAUUUAUUGACGAUAGACAAAUUGUUACAUCUUUGAUAGAUGGUAUUCAAGAGUUAAUAAUUCAGAAUUAUGAACAAUAUUACAAUACCAUAAUCUCAAAAACUUCACAAGAAAUCAUUGAUGUUGAUACCUUAAUUGCAGUUAUUGGUGAAAUUGUUGGUAAAAUUUAUGAAGAACAAAAUGAAUAUGAUGAAACGCAAUCUCGUUUGGAUGGACUAGGGCUUCAAAGUGAAGUAGAUGAUGACGAGUUAAACGUGUCUUCAUAA